GCGCCUUGCGGUAGCGUUCACUGCUUCGCGGAAAAUGUGAUGACUCGGCAGCCCCUGAGUUUCCAGGCCUGAUUCCAGCUGCUGGGUGGAGAAACUUCUGCAGUUGUCUUUAGGUUUGGCACAGCUGAAGGCUUCAUGGUCAGGGGGGACUGGAGGGGAGAUCCAGCACCCCCAGCUGAAGGAGGGCUCUCUCUCUCUGUGUCCCUGCCUGAGGUGGUACGGGAUCACUGAAGUGGCCGUGGGGAAGAAAGGGCUGGCACAGGAUGAGCAGCUUCUGUCCUGUGGGGAGGCUGCUGAGCCCUGAGGCGCCAGGGACAGGGCCUCAGCUUGGCUCCCAGCAGUGCUUUGGGCUGUUUCCACUGCAGCCACAGCCCAAACUCCCUGAGCUGAGAGAGCACAGCCUGGGACCCGAGGUUAAAUAAGUGGGGCUGGUAUACACACAUGUUCCCAUGGCAGGGGGUGACAGCUUGCUGUGCCACCAGGACAUGUAGAGGCUCUGAAAGCUGCUGGGAUGUCUACUGGUCCAUGCUCAGAGGCCAGUCCCGUCCUGGUGGGCAGCAAGGCAUCCCCCAAGCCCAUCCUCAUGCCGCGUGAGGUUACCUUUCCUCCUGGUUGGAGAGGUGCAGUGCAGUGGCACAGUAUGGCAGCAAGAUCCAAGGGAAAACUGCGUUCCAGAAAUCCCUGCUUGGCUGCCCAGCUCAAAGACCAGAACAGGUAGAACAGACCCUUUGCUCCUCGGUCAAGCCACUGUCCAGAGCAGCUGCCUCAGUGGGGGAGUUGUAGCCCCAUGCAGGGCUGCAGCAGCAGAGGUUGUGGCUGGAGGUGGAGAUGGCUGGCUUUGCAGAGGCUGGUGCAGGGGCACUGAGGCUGUGCCCAGGCAGGAGCAGUAAGCAUGCAUGGACUUGGACUCUCUCCAGCUGGGCAGGCACAAGCCAGCUGGAGUGUCCCAGGACUCCAGUGGCUGGGUUUGUCCUCUUGCUGGCCUGGAACCCCUCUUUGGUUUGCUUUGAAGCUGCAGGAGCCCUACCUUGACUCUAGGGAAAACCGUGCCACCACUGCAGGGGACACUGCCUUUGACACUGGGGCAUGCGACAUCUUUUUCCAGGAUUUUCCUUCAAAAUCUAGGGUGCCUCCUGUCCCAUGUCCCUGGAUCACAAUUCUCAGCCCAGCAAGGCCCUACAUCCUCACCUCCAGCCAGCUUCAUCAGCCAGGGGCUCCUUGAAUUCAGCUCUUCCAUCACCUGCCACACUCUAGGGAUGCCAGAGUCCCCAGCACUGCUUGCACUACCUCUACCCCAGCCACCCUCCAGGUGACCCUCCAGGCUGCUCAUGGCAGCGAACAACCCCACGCUCCCCAUCCACAGUGUGGCCACCUGUGCUGGCAGCCUGCACCCCACAAUGGGUCUGUGAGGGGACAUCCAGUGAAAGCCCCGUUGCAAAUGUGUUUGGGGAGCAGCAAAUGUGUUUGGGGAGCAGCCAGCUGUAACCUCCUUGAUCCUGCCUGGGCCCCUGGGUAAAUCUGGCAAACCCUCCCUGCAGCAAGGAGCUCCAGCCUCCUCCCAGCCGGCUGCAGCUGCCCAGCUCUGGAAAGGGGCCUUUAAAAACAGUCCCCAGCCCACUGGAGACGGCAGCAAUCAGGCCCAAAUCUCCCCCUGUCUCAUUUCUGGGGAGGCACUCCAUCUCAGGGGCUGGAGGACCUCACCCCAGUACCUGUGAGCACUCACCUUGGACUCAGGUCAAUGGGGGGCGGCCAGCUGCCCAUCAAGCUGGUGCCGAGCAGCAGGAAUGGGUAUCCCCAGAGCUGGCUGUGGCACUGGUUGAUGGGUCAGCCUCAUCACCCCAGGUGCUGGUGGAUCUCAGUCUCAAGGCUUAUCAGAUCUCUAAGAGCCACAGCUGUUAUCCUGGACAUGCAUCACUUGAGCAGAUACACCCAUGGCAUUUUUGACAUUCAGCCCGUGGAGCUGCGGGCAUUAAAGGUUAAAAAUCUUGCCUGUCCUGGAGCCAAGGCAUUGCCUUCUGCUCCCACCCUGAUGUCUGUGUUCAGAGAGAACACAGAUCUGUGUGUUCAAGGUGCAGGGGAGGGGUAGGUCUGGAGACAGAGUGACACAAAGAGGCUCUGGUGGUAGCGCUGUACCUUUCUGCUGGGGAAACAUCCAAGUCCUCGACAGAAGUGACAAACAGGCCCUCACUGCUGGGCUGAGCUGCAGGGCCAGGGCUCCUUUAUCCGCAGCCCAGUACAGGCAGGGACCUCUGAAGAGACGUGACUGUGACCACGGGCCCGGACUCCUGGCACCAGUCCCAUUUGGCCAGGACCUGGGAAACUAACUGUUGCCCAUGCAAAGGGAAGGGGAUUCAUGUUCCCUGUCCCCUUUUCCUGCUGGCUCCAUCAGCCUGGGGGUUGUCAGAAGGGUUAGGGAAGGACCUGGGGUUGGAGAUGCAUCCUAGACCAGGUCCCCUGUGUCCCCCUCUCUUCUAAACUGCACGCAAGAGCUGGAGCUUUCCCAUGUCCUUGUCCAGAUACUGGGGGUUGUUCUGUCUGUCGCAGGUCCCACCUGACAAACUUCUAAAUCUUUUGUCGAAGGAUUCUGGUAUUCUAGAAGACAGGUGGGGGAUGUGUCCCACUGUGACAGCUCGGUGGCGUACAGUAAUGAGCAGAGCUUGAAUAGCCCCCAUAGGUGGCCGUGCCGGCCACUGGGAUAGACUCCCACGGCCACAAAGGCUGUGCUGGCUUCCGGACUGAUGCAUCACUGAACCUCUUCCAGCACUGUCCCAGAUCCCCAGCGCUGAUGUGAAGCCAAUGGCAUCUCUGCUCUGAAUGAGAGCUGGCACUCUGCCACGCAUUGCACAGACACCGCAGAGCACCGCCCUGCACGCAGCCCGGGGCACAGCCUGCUCCCCGGGGCAACCUCCCGAAGUUCAGCGCCUCCCACCCGGGCACAGCUCGCUUCAGCCACCCCUCAGAUGGGCAAAGCGUGGUUUGGGCACCUCUGUGCCCGCGAGAUGCCGCGGCAGGAGCCUCUCAGAGUGUGCUCUCCCCCCGCCGCAGCCUGCGGGGCGCCGUGCCGUGGGCACGGCACAGAAACACCCCCACGCCUGCCCUCGGCGUACCCAAACCCCCGCUCCGCAGCCGCACCUGCGCGGCAAUUAGAGCACACCGAGCGGAAGGGUGCCCGAAGGUGCGGCACAGAGAGAGCCGAGGGAGCACGGCACACCUCGCUCCACGCCGGCGCCGCGGCUCCCUCCAGCACCCCAGCCCACCGCUGCGCGCUCCUUCCCUCCCUCCCUGCGCUGGCGUGGGUUCGGGCGCGCCCUCCCAGCCCGGAGCCGCCAUCAGUCCAGUCCCGUCUCCUCCCCUCCCGCUCCUCCCGCCCCUCCCGCUCCAGCUCCCGGAGCUGCCGCUGAUGCCAGAGCGGGCUCCAGCCCGCAGAGCCCCCGCCGCAGCGAGGUCCCCUGAGAGCGCGGCCAGCAGCGAGCCUCCCACCCCAGCCGGCAGCUCUGCCCGCAGCCCGCAGCCGCUCUCUCCGGGCCAGCUGCGGAGUCACCGCAGAGGACACGGACCUGCGGCGACAACAGCAAAUGCGCCCAGCGACAGGCAGCCGCCCCCGCUGGGCUUCUCCCAGGCUGGAGGAGAGCCCUGCCCCCGCCCAGGGCCAGCGGGCCCGGCCGAGGUGCCCGGCGCUGGCCAGUCCCCAUUGAUGUCAUCUUGUCAACCGCGCUCGGAAAGCAUGUGGGGACGCGGCUCCUGGCUGCCGUGGGACAAGGGGCUGGCUGGGGACAGCCGCUGCUAAGAAACUGCCCCCCCACCCCAACUUUGUCAUCCCUCUGAUCUGCUGCCACCAGGUCCCCAUGAGGUCACUGCUGCUGCCGCUGCUGGUGCUGUGCGUGCCGCGGCUCCCAGGGACCCUGGCACAGGGCGAGGGAUGCAACCACACAGCCCAGGCAGGGCUGGAGGGCCAGGAUGCACGUGGGGAAAGAGGCUCCCUCCUGAAUGUCAGUGUGAGUGACCGUGACCGGUCAGACUCCCUCCUUCUGUCCUGGGAUGAGCCAGAGGAAGGUGCCAAGGGAUAUUUCCUUGCCCUGUCCCUCUUGGGGUCAGGCAUGCUGCUGCAGAAUGGGUCUGCUGGACCCAACACCACCAGCUUCUGGUUCCAUGGGCUGACUCCUGGCACGCUCUACGAGAUCGAGGUGACAGCCACGCUGGCCUGCAUGGACACCACCAGCCAGACCAUCACAGCACAGACAAGUCCCUCACCCGUCCUCAACCUGACUCUGAGCAGUGAUGGCAGCUCCACCUCGCUGCGCGCGGCCUGGGCACACGGGCCCGGCCGGCGGGACGGCUACCAGCUGGCACUGUGGCACAGCCACUCCCAGAGCCUGGUGAGGAACGUGUCCCUCCUGCCCAGCGCCUCCACCUUCCUCUUCGACGGGCUCCUGGCUGGCAGCGAGUAUGCCCUGAAGGUCAGCACGCUGGCUGGGCCCAGCCAGGCCAGCACCAGUACCCACCAGUGGACAGCUCCUUCCAUCCCCACCCAGCUGAGGCUCAGCCCAGGUUCCAGCACCAGCCUCGUUGCCUCCUGGGCAGGUGCUGCAGGGGCCGCCUGGCUCCACCUGGAGCUCCGCAACCUCCUCACCCAAAAGGUCAGCACCACGCUGUCAGCCAGGAGGGGCCUCAGCAGCUACACCUUCCAGCAUCUCCAGCCUGGCACUCGGUACUGGCUGGGGCUCAGUGCCACAGCUGGGCCCUACACGGCGCUGGGACCCAAUGCCACUGCCUGGACGUACCCCUUGAGUCCCAACAAUGUGACCCUGAGCAGUGCAGAGGAGCAGAACUCCUUACAGGCUCGCUGGAGUGUCCCAGGGGGACAGAGGGACUUCUACCUGGUGACACUGCGGGAGGGAGAGGACAGUGCUCCCACAAGGAACAUCUCUGUUGGUGGGGACAACGAUCACGUCACCUUCCACGGGCUGAGCCCUGGCCAGCAGUACUCUGUCCAGGUGGUAGUGGUGGCAGGGCCCUACAGGGCAUCAGCACAGAGCUCCGCAGCCUGGACAGAACCACGAGCACCAUCUGGUGUGAGCCUGUCCAGCCAGGGUAGCCCCCACAGCCUGCUGGCCAGCUGGGAGGAGGCCACAGGGGAGGGCUAUCUGCUGCUCCUCAGCCUUGCAGAGCACCCUGUGAAGAACAGCUCCUUGCCCAGGGGUGUCACAAGCUUCACCUACGAGGGCCUCCACCCUGGGACUCUCUACACCUUUGAGGUCAGCACUGUGGCUGGUCCCUACACAUCCUCACCCCGGAGCAUCUCCAACUGGACGUACCCUUUGCCCCUAGAGCAGCUGACCCUCAGCAAUGGGGGCCACAGCACCUCUCUGCAAGCCUCCUGGAGAGCAGUUUCCUCUGGCAGCACUGGCUACACAGGGACCCUCUGGGAAACCAAGUCCCAGGAGCAGGUCAGGAAUGUGACUGUGGGGAGUGACUGGACCAAUGUCACCUUGGAGAACCUGGUCCCUGGGCGGCAGUACACGCUGGAGAUGGCUGCUAUGGCUGGGCCUUACAGAUCCCCUGUGAGAUCAGCCACCGACUGGACGUACCCCCUGGCUCCCUCCGGAGUGACACUGACCAACACCCGGCGCCCAAUGGGGCUCUCGGCCUUCUGGGACAAGGCUGCUGGUGAUGUGGACCAGUUCCACCUCCAGCUCUACAGCAAGAGCCAUGCAGCACAGAGGAACACCUCAGUGGGGCCAAACACCCACAACUUCACGUUCCUGGGGCUGUCCCCUGGCACUCAGUACUUCCUGAAGGUGACUGUCCUUGCUGGCCCGUACAGAUCCUCGUCACACUUUGCCACUGAGUGGACAUAUCCACUGUCCCUGGCUAACGUGAGUGUGCAGCCUGGCCGGGAACCCCAGGAGCUGCACGUGAGCUGGGUGGAGUCCGGAGGUGGCAGAGAUCACUUGGUGCAGCUCUCAGUGGCCGAGUCCCUGUCCAUCAUCAGGAAUGUGUCUGUCCCCCGUGGAGUCACCCAGCUGGACCUGGAGGGGCUGGUGCCAGGCUCCCGGUACCGCGUGGAGAUCAUUUCCCAGGCCGGGCCUCAUCGCAUCUCCUCUCAGACUGCCAUCGGCUACACUGUCCCACUGCCUCCUCGUUCCCUGUCUGCCAGCCCCGUCAGCACGGCCUGGGCCCUAGCUGUGCACUGGGAGGCUGCUCCUGGGCAGAGGGAUGGAUACCUGCUCAGCGUGCUCCAGGAGGGCUCUUCUGCACAGCCAAGGAACCUGGAAGCAGGGAAGGACAGCACCAAUGUCACUGUGCCACAGCUGGAACCAGGAACAUGCUACCUUGUGAGGAUCUGGGCAGUGGCUGGACCCUACCGCUCCCUCCCCGAGAACGUCACUGGCUGCACAGUUCCCGCUGCACCAACAAACCUGAGCCUUACCAACCCAGGCAGCUCCUCAGAGCUUUACACAUCCUGGAACAAGCCCCCUGGCAGGAGGGACCACUACCAUGUUACUCUGUAUAGCCUCAGCACCCAGAGCAGGAUUCAGGUCCAGACCUUGAGUCCAGAUGCCCUGAACAUCACCUGGACUCACCUGGAAGCAGGCAGCAAGUUUGCUGUGCAGGUCACUGCUGUGAAAGGCUCAUUAGAAGCCUCUUCCAUCAACGUCACCCAAUGGACAUAUCCCUUGGCCCCUGUGAACCUCACCCUGAGCAGCCCCUCAGGCUCAGCACUGGUGGUGUCCUGGGCAGUGCUGGGCCGAGGGGCAGAAGGCUUCGUGGUGGAUGCCCGUGACACAGCGUCUGGCACUCCCGUGGGGCACACGCUGCUGGGUGGGCAUGUCAGGAGUCACAUCCUGAGGAGCCUGAGCCCUGGCACCCGCUACAGCGUGGCAGUGAGCGCCACAGCUGGGCCCUUCCACGCCAGCACCCCCAACCUCACCCACUGCACACGCCCGCUGCCCCCGGCCGCCGUGCGCCUGCUGAGCACGGGGCACCCCGACAGGCUGAGCGUGGCCUGGGGGGCCCCGGCCGGGGGCAGGGAUGGAUACACACUGACCCUGUACCGGGCACCACUGGGCACCGUGGCAGCCACAGCCUCGCUUGGCAGAGACACCCACAACUUCACCUUCACGGGGCUGGCCCCGGGACACGAGUACUCCGUGGAAGUCACUGCCACAGCUGGACAGUACUGGGCAGCAGCACCCAAAAUCAGUGGCUGGACACGCCCGCUGCCCCCGGCCGCCGUGCGCCUGCUGAGCACGGGGCACCCCGACAGGCUGAGCGUGGCCUGGGGGGCCCCGGCCGGGGGCAGGGAUGGAUACACACUGACCCUGUACCGGGCACCACUGGGCACCGUGGCAGCCACAGCCUCGCUUGGCAGAGACACCCACAACUUCACCUUCACGGGGCUGGCCCCAGGGAGCAAAUACCUGCUAGAGGUGGCAGCUGUGGCUGGCUCCUUCAGGGCACCUGCAGGGAACGUCAGCAACUGGACGUACCCCCUGGCACCCCGUCACGUGUACGUGACAAACCAGGGCUACCCCAACAGGCUGAGUGCAUCCUGGCGAGCCGAGCCCCAGGGACAGGACAGCUACAGACUCCUCCUGUACCACUGGGGCUCAGGCAUCGUGGCAGCCAACGUCUCUGUUGGGAAAGGCACCAGCAAAUUCACCUUUUCUGGCCUGGCUCCAGGACACAAAUACCUGCUGGAAGUGGUGGCCAUGGCAGGGCCCUAUGCAGCCUCGGCAGGGAACAUCAGCGACUGGACAACCCCCUCAGUUCCCCAGAAUCUCUCGGCGGUGGCUGAAGGGAACAACACGAUGCUGAUCUCCUGGGGCAGUGUCUCUGGCCAGCAGGACGAGUGCCAGCUAUGGCUGCGGGACCCCCAGAACAGCUCACUGCCCUGGAGGCACUCCCUGGGCAGAGGACAAGUCCAGCAUCUCCUCCAGGGGCUGAUCCCAGGCAGGAACUACUCCGUGUCCUUGAGCUGCGUGGCUGGGCCCUACUGGAGCAGCACCAAGCCCUUGGCAGUGCCCCUGGAGCCAAAUCCAGUGAAGGAUGUGCAGUGCCUACCGGAGUCAAGGAGCCUUUACUUGAACUGGACGAGCUCUCCUGGAGAUGUGGAGGCUUAUGAGGUGGUGACUGAGAGACUUUCUGAAGAACCCCCCACCUCCAGGCUUGCCAUGAGCAUCCCUUCAAGCGAGGCCAGACUGGAGGGGCUGGAGCCAAACUCCUCCUACCAAAUCCUUGUGAGCGCCGUGGGCAUGAAUGCACUGAGGAGCCAGGCUGUGACUCUGCUCUGCAGCACAGCAGUGGAGCCCCUGCCCCCGCCCCUGCGUGCAGACGUGUUCCCAGUGGAGGCCAGUUCCACAGUGAUCAUCUCACCCGAGCUGUUCAGCGAGGAGAAUGGCCAGAUCGAGUACUACGGUGUCAUUGCUACCACCAACGAGUCACUGCUGAGGCCCACCCAGGAGAUCAUGUCCAGCACGUGGUACGACCACUACUACGGGACAGAGGACUCCUACCUGGCAGUGCUCAUUCCCAACCCCUUCCAUCAGAGGAGCUCCCCCGACACCUGGAGGGUGCCAGUGGGAACAGAGGAGUGUGGCCAGUCCAGGGCCACCUGCAAUGGGAAGCUGAAAGCCAACGAGCAGUACAGGUUCAGCAUUGCUGCCUUCACCAAAUAUGACCCAGUAGCCCCUGCUGUGACAUUCACCAUGUUCUCAGCAGCUGGAUCCAGUGCAGACACUGCUCCACUCUCAAUGCCAAUAAUUGCUGGAAUCAUUGUGGGGUUUCUUCUGACACUUGCAGUUGUUUUUGCUUUGGUUUACUGGAAACAGCUCAAAGCAAAGAGAACCAAGAAGAGCAGCCCACCCCAGGAGAUGGUGACGUACAGCCUGAGAAACGUCCACCGGCCAGUUCCCCUGCAGAACUUCAAGCAGUACUAUGAGAUGAAGACAGCAAGUGCUAACCACGCUUUUUUCCAGGAGUUUGAGGAGCUGAAGGAAGUUGGGAAGGAGCAGUCGAAGGUGGAGGCUGAGCUGCCAGCAAAUGUCUCCAAGAAUAGAUAUCCCCAUGUGUUACCCUAUGAUCAUUCUCGGGUCAAGCUGAGCCAGCUGGGGGAGGAUCCACACUCAGACUACAUCAAUGCCAACUUCAUGCCUGGCUACACAUCCCAGCAAGAGUUCAUUGCCACCCAGGGGCCCCUAAAGAAAACCAUAGAGGACUUCUGGAGGCUGGUGUGGGAGCAGAAUGUCUGCAAUAUCAUCAUGCUGACAGUGUGCAUGGAGAAUGGGCGGGUGCUCUGUGAUCAUUACUGGCCAUCAGAAUCUGCCCCGGUGUCCUAUGGGCAGGUGAGGGUCCACCUGCUGAUGCAGAGCAGCUCUGAGGAGUGGACAGUACGGGAGUUCAAGCUGUGGCACGAGGGUCUGCGGGCAGAGCGCUUCGUGUCCCACCUGCACUACACGGCAUGGCCCGACCACGGCAUCCCCGAGUCCACCACUUCCAUCAUGACCUUCAGGGAGCUGGUCCGGGAGCACAUCCAGAGCACCAAGGAUGCAGGGCCGACCCUGGUGCACUGCAGUGCUGGCGUGGGCCGCACGGGCACCUUCAUUGCGCUGGACCGGCUGCUGCAGCAGAUGAGGCAGGAGAAGGCCGUGGACAUUUUCGGUGUUGUUCACGCCUUGAGGAUGAACCGGUACCUGAUGAUUCAGACACUGUCCCAGUACAUCUUCCUGCACAGCUGCAUUCUGGACAAGAUCUUGGAGGAGCCUCCCCUGGAUUUAUCAGGGACACAGAGGUCCUGCCCCAUCCCGCUGAAGAGCUUUGCCCAGCACUAUGCCCAGAAGGCAGCCAAGUCCCACAUGGGCUUCCUGAGGGAGUACGAGGCCCUCCUGGAGGUUGUCAAGGAAGAAGCCAGCUCUGCAUCACCAUCUUCAGGCAGCCAGCAGGCACGGCCCUCCUCCAGCAUCCUGCCCUAUGAUCGCUCCAGAGUGAAGUUCUCCCUGCUGGAGCAGGGCCCUCUCUCAGGACUGCUGCAGGUCUGGCGUGUCCCGGGCUGCAGCUCCAGCAGGGACUACCUGGCUGUCCACGGCCCUGACAAGCUGACCAUGGAGGACUUCUGGACCCUGGUGUGGGAACAGGAUGUUCACACAAUCCUCACGCUUCUGCCGUGGCAGGAGAAGGGGGAGGCCCCAGGUGAGGCGUGCUGGCCCCUGGAAGGAGACUCUCUCUGCAUGAAGACACUGACCAUCCAGUGUGACACAGAGAAGCUUGUCUCGGGAUGGAGAUGUACCCAGCUCAGACUGAAACACGAGAAGAAGGCAAAGGAGAGGCAGGUACAGAGGUUCCUGUUCACACUCUGGAGCAGCAAGAAGCAGCCUGAUGUGCAGAGCCUGGUGGAGCUGCUGGGGGCUGUCAGACGGGGCACACCCCCCCGCAGGAGGGGGGGUCCUGUUCUGCUGCACUGCAGUGGUGACAUGAGCCAGAUGGGGACCCUGAUCUCCCUGGAUUGCCUGUUGCACCAGAUGAAAGCUGAGAGAACCGUGGACAUCUACGGCGUGACCCUCCAGCUGGCCAGAAGCUGCUGCCUCAUGACCCCAACUCUGGACCAGUACAUGCUCCUGUACACCUGCAUCCAGGACAUCAUCCAGAACCAGCCCUAGCACCACCUGGCCCUUCUGGCACCUUCUGCCUGUCCCUGCAGGGUCCUGUACAGAGCUGGGGGCUGCUGGGGGCACCGUGGGACUCCUGGCACAGAGGGAGCCCUGCAGGAGCAGUGCCCUCCCCGGGCAGCGUCCCCAGUGUGGUGUCAGCUGUGACUUGGGGUGUCCUGGACACACGGACAGCGUCCUGCCAGCACCACUGCAGCCUCUCAGUGCACACACGGUGAGGGGCUGGGCAGGAUCCUCUCCUCUUCUGGAGAUCCCCUGAGAUUCCUGGUGCCUGGAAUGCUCUCUACCCUCUCAGUGCACGCCGUGGGGCUCUGUGGUGCCUCUGAGCCCAGCACGAGCGUGGAGCUCCGUGCUCUGCAGUGCCCGUGGCUCUGGUGUGUGGAGCUCUCCGGUGUGCUGUGGGCAGAGCACUGGGGCACCUGCCUUGUCUCAGCUGGAAUGGUCUUAGGUACAAGCAAUAAAUUCCCUAGGAA